AUGUUACGGAUACUUUGGGCGUGUGCCCUGGUGCGGGUUGGGGCCGAUAUCGACAACAUCUUUCCGAUCCUCUAUUCCAGCAAUCCGGUGGCCCGGCAUACCGCCUGCCCGGUGGCCGCGGGUCAAGCAACAGUUUGCACACUCGUUGGAUAUGAGGAGAACGGUGCCGAGCUCCAGUAUCUCAUCACUUCCUUGCCCUCCAGUGGCAGCCUGUAUGAGACCUCGCAGAACUUCCGGACCUAUGGCACCGAUCCGAAGUAUGCGGCGACCUCGAUCAAGGACUACGAGCUGCCCUUCCGAGUCACUGAUCCUCUAGGGCGCGUGGUCUACAUCCCCCCCUCGGACGUCUUCCCACCUGAGGGACGUUGGGCGGCCAUGACCUACGAGGUCCAGGACCCUUCCAGUGGCAACAAGUCAGAGCCGGGGCAAGUCUCCUUGAGUAGCCCCUCGAAGCGGGUGGCGGAGAGCACCUUCGUGGGCGGCACCGACGUCCGGGGACGAAGCUGGAAACGAUCGAGCGAACCGUCACGAGCAGGGCCUGAGAUCGGGAUUGGGGUUGACGAAGAUGCGUUUGGCUUCGGCCCCACGGCCCCACGGCUCCCUUCGCGCCGUGGAACCCGCGCGGACGCGCGGGGGGACUCGCGGGAAAGGCGCGCCAUGCGACGGGCAUGGGUGGCGAUUCCGGUGCUGGUGGGCCUUGCGGCUGCACAGCCGCGCAAGCAAGGAAUGGACGCACCAAAGUGGCUGGAUGAUGAUGGGAAGGAGCUUUUCAAUGAUGUGGAGUCAGAUGAGAACUCCUAUGGCGACGUGACCUGCGAGACUCGCGAGAAGCUGUUGAAAGCGAUGGCCGGAAAGGGCGACUCCACAGCUGGCAGUUAUCGGGCCAGAACCUUGCUGGGCUUGGGGCUGUGUGAGUUGAAGAAAGAGAAUUGGCCCAUGGCCACCAAACGCCUGGAAAGCGCCAUCUCAGAGAUGAAUGUCCCGAACGAGGACUUCAUGAUGAAGAACCCUGACCUGGCACCCAUCGCACUCACCAAGCAGGGGGCCGACUUCAUGCGGAAGUUUGAGCUCACCCAGGCAGGUACCCAGCUGAGACGCUGCCGUGAGGUGCUGGACCGAAACCUGAAAUCGGUGCUGAAGAAGGUCCACAAACAGAUGAGCCAAGGUGGGCAGAGUUUGCCGCUGGAGAAGUUGGUGGAGGAGAUUCCCGGCUAUGGAAAGACAGGUCAAUUUCUGCCCAACCUCAUGCAGCAGGUGCCAGGCCUCAAGGAAGUGUUCAGCUUCGCAGAAGUCAUCGACAAUACCUUGGACUCGCUCGAUGGUCAGAUCGCAUCCGUGGAUUCCAUGCAGAAAAAGAAGAAGCUACGCCUGGAUGUGAGCAAAAGCAAGGGCAAGACGGGCUCGAUGCUUUAUGUCAGGAGCAUGGUGAGCGAACCAGUGAUCCCUGAGAAGCGGCUUGCGCUGGCCAAGGAGCUGAAAGACCUGGGUGUGGCCAAGGCUGUGAUGGAGCUGAAAGCGGUUGACAAGUCCUUCUCGCUGCUGAAGCGAACGAAAGCUGGCUCCGGUUGUAAGGACGAAAGCACCGUUCUUUGCGAGAAGUUGGCAAAGGUGCCAGACAUUCAGUCAAAUGCCUUUGGAGAGACACGCUUGCUGGUGCUCAAGGAGAAUAAGAAACAGAGCCUCGACACCUGCACAACCAAUGCCAACAUUGGGCUUUUGAUCUCCAGCAAGGACGGGGUGCGCGUGACGGCCGGAUCUGAGUCCGUCGAGCUCACGGCGGGUGAAGCCCUAGGAGUGGAUUUCUGCUUGGAAGUCAGCUUGGAGUCCAAGGAGAAAGCACAGGUGCUUUUCGCCCAAGCGUGGCACCCCGAGUUCGCCGCCGUCGAACGCACCACGGAGCUCCGCGCGCGCUCCGCUGCCUUCGGACUCUCCGAGGAUGAGGUGAAGUCGGCCACGAAGGUGGUGAACGACCACGCGAAGUCUGCCUGGGACAAAAGUGCCAAGCUUUGGCGAUCCAACUCGGAGGGCUUGGACUUGAUGAAAAAGACUCUUCAAGCCAAGGAGGAGGAGAAAGCUAAGGCAAAGGAAGAGGCUGAGGAGGCCAGGCGGAAAGAGGAAGAGGCUGGCGAUGAGGAGCGAAAGAAGAACAUGGAGCUCCUGGAGAAGAAGAGAGCUGAGAAGAAGCGACAACAGGAGGAAGCUGAGCGAAAGCGCUUGGCUCGAAAGAAGCAGCUGGAGGAGGAGAAAGCCAAGAUGGACCCGUGGUUGCUGUUCCCCGAGGUGGUCCAGGCGGAACAGCGACUGGAGACUCUGAAAGAAGAACGCCGGGAUGCCAAUGCAAAGCUGGAGUUCGGUCUCUCCAAUUCAUUGACCAAGGACAUCAGUGCCGCUGAGCGGGCACUGAAGUCUGCGAUCAAGAAGGCCAAGAAGGCCUACAAGAAAUCGGGUAUUCCGGAGCCGAAGCCGGACGACAAGCCUGCGGAAAAGUCUGCGGACAAGUCUUCUUCGGCGCCCUCGGAUACGUCCAAAGCGGAACUGAAGAAGCUGGAAGCCCAGCUGAAAGAUGUCAAGGAACGAAAGAUCAAGGCCACUCAGGAUGAAAAUUUCAAAGAUGCCAAAAGGCUAAAGGCAGAGCAGAAGGAGUUGGAGGACAAGAUCAAGAAGCUUGAGCUUUGAUGCACGACAAAGACGAGUGUCGUAUGUUCAUACGUCAAAAAGAAGCCAGUGUCAUCGGGUUCGCAGCGGAAUGAUAGACACUGAUCUACAUUAGCAAUUGUGUGUUCUUUUCCACUGUCCCAGAACCUUAUGGCCAUUAAGGGACCCAGGCAGCAAGAGACCUGCCUCAUAAACCGCCACACGCAUGGCCA